AUGCCAUCUCACACGAAGCGUGCCAUGGCGCAACGGGUGGCGAGGAAAGAGCGGCAGGCGCUGCAGCACGGGCGGCGCGCCAAGCAGAGUCGUAACGGCAAAGCGCAGCAGCAGCACCACCACCACCACCAGCAGCAGCAGCAGACGUACCAGCAGCGCGGCCGCCAAUACGCCAACACCUAUGACGCGGCAAACCCAUUGGACCAACAGCUCUUUGAUUACAUCAUCGUUGUGGAUGUCGAGGCGACCUGCGAACGGGACGGCACAAACUACCCCCACGAGAUCAUCGAGCUGCCCGGCGUGCUGAUUGACGUGCGUCGUGGCCUCGUUGACACGAAGCGCUCCUUUCGCUCCUACGUGAAGCCGUGGCGUAACCCUGUGCUUUCGGACUUCUGCAAGUCUCUGACGGGUAUCACGCAGGAGGAUGUUGACAAGGCGCCUGGUCUACCGGAGGUGGUGGAGCGGUUCACGCGGUGGUACCGCGAGACGAUUCCCAUCGGCGCCAAGGUCGCCUUUGCCGCGGACGGCCCGUGGGACUUCAAGAGGUUCAUCUACGAGUGUUCCAUUCUGCGCGACCACGUGGGAUUUCCCGGCAUCUUCUACGAGUACCUCGACAUACGCACGACCUUUGCCCACAAUUUCAACCGCGGUGCGCCCAUCAAGCUGGAUUCGAUGCUGCGGCGCAUGCGGCUGCAGUUCGUCGGCCGCCCCCACUGCGGCUUCGACGACGCGACGAAUAUUGCACGUCUCGCCGUGGCGAUGAUGCGGGAAGGAUGCAUCUUCAACUUCCUCAUCGCCAUCCCGAUGGAGGACGACUAUCACUACGCGCUCGACGGCUACCCGCUUUACCGCCGCGAGGAGGGCAGUGGCAGGCUUGACCCCGACGUUGUGGACGACAUAGCGAAGCAGUGCUACGGUAUGGAGUACUUCCGCUUCGGCGAGAAACACAAAGCGGCUGUGCAGAAGUACCGCGAGGCGAACCCGCACAAGUUUCGCGGCGCCGCACUGAAGCAGAUGGAGGAGCACCUGCACCGUGGCCGGCAGGCCGUUCGGUGUCGCCUGGUGGCGGUGUGCGUGCUGGCGGUGGUGGCCGUGGCGAUGCUGACGGUGUUGGUCUACGCGAGGAUGUCGAAAUGGUGGCGACUACAGUGA